AUGUUCGGCAGAAGUAUCAAGAAAUCUACGAGCCCAAUAGUUUUGUUGAAGGAAAAUCCCAAUGUAACCUCUUCGUCAAGUUUUGACACAAAGAGCCAAAUAUAUUUGAAAUCACAACAGAAUUGUAUGAUGUAUGAGACCAAACACAAUCCAAACAAUCUCCUGUCCUCUCACAAGUCAAAUCCAUUCCAGAACAAGACAAAUAAUUCAUUAAUGGAGAAACGUCUUUUGACAGGCGUACACACAACAAAGCCUCCAUUUGCGGAUGGUGUAGCAUUUUCUGUGUAUGUGUCUAAAGAGGAUACAGAUAUAGCAAAGGACCAAUCGAUUAAAUUCGACAGCAUAGUGUCAAAUAUAGGCAACCAUUAUAAUCCACUUUCCGGAAUAUUCAUCGCCCCACAGCAUGGAAUAUAUGUAUUUAAAUGGAACCUUUACUGUCACACAAAUGGCUUGAUUUAUUCCCAGAUUGUCCAUAAUUCUAAUGUUGUUGGAGCCACGCUGACAACAGGUCAGGGAUCAACAAAUGUAAGAACAACAACAGGAGUGGUGGUGGUAGAGGUCAAUCAGGGAGACGUUGUGUUUGUCCGCACUCAUCCUACUCAAGGUCAUAUUGGGAAUCUCUGUAGCAGCCACGACUUGAGGUCAUCGUUUACUGGGUGGAAGAUAUAUUAAAGUUGAAACUUGAUAAAAAAGAA